AUGAGCCCGCACCUCCGCCUCCUCCUCCUCCUCCUCCUCCUCCUGGCCGCCGCCGCCGCUCUCUGCCGGGGCGCGCCGCUGGCCGGGGAGCUGCGCUGCCGCUGCCCGCGGGCCGUGUCCGAGGUGAUCUCGCCGCGCCGCCUGGCCCGCGUGGAGCUCGUCGCCGAGGGGCCGCACUGCGCCGUGCCCGAGGUCAUCGCCACGACGAAGCAGGGACAGACGAUCUGCCUGAACCCCUCCGCGCCCUGGGUCAAGCUCAUCCUCACCAGGAUCCUCAAGAGUUCACGUAACCAGCUCUGAGGGAAGAAACAUCUCCAUACGAAGCUACCUGUGUGUGCCAGAAGAUACUGGGAAAUGGAUGCUGGAAGAAGAUAAUAGCCCGACUGUCUAGUUGUGAUGAGUUUGUAGACCAGUCGGUUUAAGUUCAAACCCUCUAAGACUCUCCCCUCCCAUUUCUUCCUACGUAUGUAUUUAUUGGUUGAGCUGAAGUGACUGAAUCCGUUUGAUAAGGCAGCACAGGCUUUGCUAGGUGCCUCUC